GCUGGCUCUCUCUCUCUCUCUCAAUGUCAUUUCCCCACCAGUACUUAGACAGGACGUUAGAUCCAGAAGAAGGCGACAAAAAAAAAUGAGCUGGGAUACUCCAGUGAAACUGACAAGGUGAUGCAAGCUGAUUAAUUUCCAGUCCCGUUAUCAGUUCCCCCGCAGUGGAGCGUCGGAACGUGUAGGCGAGAAGUUUGCAAAAACUUUUCCAAAAGUUUUUUUUCCCCCCCCCCCCCCCCCCUUCCUCCCGAUCCCGGGCGCUAUGGCUGGGCUGGAGGGUGCCUGGGAACACGGCUGCCUCCCGAAUUGUUUCGCCUCCGGGGACGAGAUGGAGAUGCGGAGAAGGAGCAAAGGGAUCGACCAGAUGCUGGCGAGGGAGCGGCCUUACAUGAGGAGGAUGGUGAAGAUUCUUCUGCUUGGAGCGGGCGAGAGCGGGAAGAGCACCUUCCUGAAGCAAAUGAGGAUCAUCCAUGGGAAGGACUUCGACAGGGAAACUCUGGAGCAAUUCCGGGAUACGAUUUAUGGGAAUAUUGUGAGCGGGAUGCGGGUUCUGGUGGACGCCAGGGAGAAGUUAGGACUUCCCUGGGAGAACUUGGAGAACGAGAAACAUGGGUUCUUCCUGGGCGCCCUUGAGAGCAGUGGUUUUGGAGAAGAAGGACAUUUCCAAAGAGUUCUCCCGGCCAUCAGAGCCCUCUGGAAGGAUGAAAGCGUCAAAGAGGCCUACAGGAGAAGAUCGGAGUUCCAGCUGGCCGAAUCAGUGCAGUACUUCCUGGAUGACUUGGAUCGGAUUGGUCAGCUGAACUAUCUCCCGACCAAGCAGGAUGUUCUCCUAGCUCGCAAGGCUACCAAGGGCAUUGUGGAGUACGACUUCAUAAUCAAGGGAGUCCCCUUCCGGAUGAUGGAUGUCGGUGGUCAGCGUUCCCAGAGGCACAAGUGGUUCCUCUGUUUCGAGGGCAUCACUUCCAUCCUCUUCAUGGUGUCCUCCAGUGAGUUUGACCAGGUGCUCCUGGAGGACCGGUGCACCAAUCGCCUGGUGGAGUCCAUGAACAUCUUCGAGACCGUUGUCAACAACAAGCUCUUCGCCCGCGUCUCCAUCAUCCUCUUCCUGAACAAGACUGACCUCCUGGAAGCCAAGGUGAAGACGGUGAGCAUUGGCAACCACUUCCCCGACUUCGAGGGGCGGCCCCACCACCUCGAGGACGUCCAGCGCUACCUCCUGGCGUGCUUCAGCCGCAAGAGGAGGGACCGCAGCCGGCCGCUCUUUCACCACUUCACCACCGCCAUCGACACCGAGAACAUUCGCUUCGUCUUCCACGCCGUCAGGAACACGGUGCUGCAGGAGAACCUCAAUGACAUCAUGCUGCAGUGAGGCUGGAGACCCCCCUGUGCCCCCCGCGUGCAUCCCGUGUCCUCCCAGUGUUACCCCACGGAUGUUGGCGUGUGCUCCGUGUGGGUCCCGUGCGGCUGGUCUCCCCCUAGUGAGUUUCGUGUGUGGCCCGUGUGUUUGUUCUGAGUACCCCGGGUGUAAUACCCAGUGUGCCCCUGUGUGUACACGUGAACCAGGGGCAUCCUCUACACUGAAUCUCACUCCGGGGUACUUCAUGUGUACCCCUUGUGUGUGUGUACCCCUUGUGUGUGUACCCCCUGUGUGUACCUCCUGUGUGUGUACCCUGUGUGUGUACCCCUUUUGUGUACCCACUGUGUGUACACCCCUUGUGUGUGUACCCCUGUGUGUAUCCCAUUUGCAUUCCAUGUGAACCUUUUGUAUCCCGCACAUGUUCCCUGAAUCCCACAUAUUCCCUGUAUUCCUUCCAUACACCCGGUGCAUAUCCCAGUUUACCCCAUGUGUGUCCUGUGUACACCAAGGUCAAAGGGCAAUGCCGCCUGUUUGUACUUGUUGAGACUUGUGACGAUGCAAAGCAGAGAGAUAUUUAAUAUUUAAGAGAUUCCCUCACCUCUUUUGGAAGAACAUUGAGAAUCUGGUCUGACCUCACUGAACCCAGGUGAUUAUUUUGACUUCCCCAGUCAUUCCCAAUGCUAUUGACACAUCCUGGGGCAUUCGCCAGGAGGUGAACUUCAUCAGUGUACAAACCUGGACAGGGAGUGUCAGUGGAGUAUUGAACGGAGGGGGGGUGGGGGGGGGGGGCUCAUCACAGCCAAACCUCUGUCCUUCCCCCAACACAAGCCGACUCAGACCCCUUGGAGAGAGGGAGUCCCAGGACAGCAGUGGGAACCAAUCCGUCUGACCAACUGCCCACUGACCAGUGACUCUUCUGGUUGUUCUGUGGAGUCACUGAUGCUGGUUUUGCGUCUGUUGACGUCUUUGAGUGCUUUUAAUCGAGAGGUCAUUGCUGAUGUCGGAGACAGCCAAGGGGAGCCCCGAGUCUCAAACCAUUGACUUUUACUGCUUGAAGGAAAAUGUUUACAGGAGCAGAGUGUAUCGAGGGUGAGCUCCGUAAGGAAUCUGCAGACUUACCUCUUCUGUUAGAUACUCUCUCUCUCUGGUUUAUUAUUGCCACAUGUACCGAGAGACAGUGAAAAGCUUCUGUUUUGCGUGCCAUCCAGACAGAUCAUUCUGUACGUAAAUACAUUGAGGUAGUGCAAAAGGAAACAGAAUGCAGAACAUAGUGUUACAGAGAAAGUGCAGUGCAGGUAGACAAAUAAAGUGCAAGGGCCACGCCGAGGUAGAUUGGGAGAUCGAGAGUUCCUCCUUAUCGUGUGAGAUGUCCAUUCAAGAAUCUGAUAACAGCGGGAUAGAGGCUGUCCUUGAGCCUGGUGGUGCGUGUUCUCAGGCUUUUGUAUCUUCUGCCCGAUAGGAGGGGGAGGGGGAGAAGAGAGAAUGAUGAGGUAGAUUGAGAUCUAGAGUUCAUCUUUCACACUUGAGAGGUCCGUUCGAGUCUGAUGUCCACCCACUCCCACACUACUGAUCAAAGGUCAGCUUCCAUCACAUUGAUCCUUGGGAGAUGGGGAUUAGUGGCUGGAACAGACCCCUCCAUUGUUCAAUGACACCCCUGUCUCCGACCCCCCCCCCACCUCUCUCUCUCUCUCUCUCUCUCUCUCUCUCUCUCUCUCCAUCUCUCUCUCUCUCUCUCUCUCUCUCUCCAUCUCUCUCCAUCCCCUUUCAUUUACCUUAAACCCAAAAAUCUAUUAACCUCAGACCUGAAUGUCCCAACUGAGCAUCUGGGAGCGAGAUUCCUAAGAUUCCCAAUCUCUGAGUGAACAGAUUUCUCUUCCCCUUUGCCCUGAGGUGCUGAGCCUGUCCAGCCUGAAAAAUCAUCUGCUCGUGGUCCACUGUCAGGACCAGGCUCCAUUUGAUGGGACCACCUCCGGUUCUUGGGCAGCACUGCCACCUCGUGGCUCAGUCAGGAACGAUCAGCAGCCUUGUGUGUGUUUGUCUGUCUGUCUGUCUGUCUCUCUCUGUGUCUGAGAGUGGCAGGCAGACAUCGAGUUGGAAGUGUGUGCUGGCGAGGCUGGGGGUCUUGCCCAGUUGUGAGGACAGAGUCCCCGAGACCGUGUUUGGCAGAUGUUGUGUCCCAGGCUGAAACAUCUGCCCAGCAGAUGCAGCUGUGCUGCUCAGGUCUGGGACUGUCAGUUAUCGCAGGCUGGGAUUGGGAACAGAGUUUGGCUGGUUUACGGAGAACUCGCUGGGGUUUCUCUCAGUACUGUGGCUGAGGCAUGAAAGGUAUUUAGGCUCUCAUCCCGAUCAGUGAGGAGAUUGACUUUCCCUUUCAUUGUCCUGACACCACAACCUAUUCCCAAGAUUGUCACUGGAAUUUCUGUCGUCAGAUACACCAAUGAGCAACCUCACAAUAAGCAGUGAAGAAUAAGAAGGUUGUCUGAGGUUACAACAGGAUCUAGAUCGAUUGGGAAAGUGAGCAAGGGAACGGCAGAUGGAAUUUAACUCAGACAAGUAAGAAACUUGGGAAGUUAAACCAGGGCAGGACACUUAAACUGAAUGGCAGGACUCUGGGGGAGUGUUGUUUAACAGAGAGAACUUGGGCUACAAGUACAUAAUUCCCUGAAAAUGGAAAUACAAGUAGACAGGGUGACGAAGAAGGAGUAUGGCAUGCUGGCCUUCAUCGGCUGAAGCAUUGAGCGUAAGAGUUGGAAGUCAAGUUACAGUUGUAUAAAAUGUUUGUUGGGUCGCACUUGGAGUAUUGUGGGCAGUUCUGGUCACCGCAUUAUGGGAAGGAUGUGAGAAAGCUUAUAGGAAGCUAGAGAGGGUGCAGAAAAGGAUGUUGCCUGGACUGGAGGGCUUAGCAGGAGAGAUCAGAGAUAGACUGUGUCUGUUUUCCCUGGAGUGAAGGAGGCUGAGAGGUGACAUGUUAAGAGGUAUCUAAAAUUAUGAGAGGCAUAGAUAGGGUAAAUCUCCAGAGUCUGUUUCCCACGGUGGGGGUGUCCAAAACCAAAUAUGUGUGGUGUGUGCGUGCAUCUGUGUGUGUGUGCGCGUGUGCAUGGUGUGUAUGUGUGUGUGUGUGUGUGUGUGUGUGUGUGUAUGCGUGUGUGUGUGGUGUGUGCGUGCAUGUUUGUGCAUGUGUGUGUGUUCAUAUGUGUGUGUGCCUGUAUGUCUGUGCACACAUGUGUUCAUUCAUGAAUGUGUAUAUGUGUGCGUGAGUAUGUUUGUGCUGGCACUGGGGGGAGAGGGUGCAGAUUUUAUCCAGAGAAUGAAAGAGAGAGAUAGAAGGUAGAGGUAGAAGGUAGAGAGAUAGAAAGAGCAAUAGGCAAUGUGAGAGAGAGAGAGAGAGAGAGAAGCAAACUGGCCGGCCCAUGCUGAGAAUGCAGAGAUCACAACAAAUCCCAUAAACAGAGCAAAAAUACCCCAAACAUUUCAGAGGAAGCUUAUUGUACAAUAUUUGACCUGAGCCACAAGGAGACAUUAGUUCGGAUGUCCGGAAUCUUUGUCAGGAAGAUUUUAAAGUGCACCUUAGACAUGGGGAGAGAUGGGGAAGGUGCGAGAGAGAAUUCCAGAGCUCGGGGCCUGGGCAGCUGAAGGGAUAGACACCAAUGUCAGAGGAAGUAAAUCGAGGGUGUGCAAGAGGCUGGAACUCAAUGAGCGCAGAGGACUUGGGCUGCGGGUGAUUACAGGGACAACGUAGGCAGAAAACACAGAGGGGUGAGUUUCCAAACCCGGGCGGUGUACGUGACCGAGCACAGGGUGAAUGGGUUCCUGUGUGAGUGAGGACUCGGGGGCUCCCGACAUCUCGGUAACUCCCAGUUUAUGGAGGAUGGGAGGAGGGUGGCUGCAAAGGUAGUGCUGCUACCUCACAGCUCCAGAGACCCGGGUUCAAUCCUGACCUCCGGUGCCGUCCGUGUGGAGUUUGCACGUUCUCCCUGUGACCGCGUGGGUGUCUCAGGGAUGCUCCCGGUUUCCUCCCACAAGGGAGGGGGGGGGUGAUUAAUGGCUGCAAAUGAAGAGGAGAUGAAGGUGCGUGUGAGAGAGAGUACGCAGUGGGGGUGCUGGGAAAUAAGGGGAAGAAGGGCAAGGGGACUGACUGAUAGGAUUGCUUUGCUGGGAGCCAGCACAGAGACUAUGGGCUGAAUAGCCUCCUUCUGUGUCGCAGUAAGUAAGAGUGGAUGGAGAUAGCGAGGUGUGGAGGUGAGAGGUACUGCUGAGGGUUACGGCAGUGGGUGUGCUGAGCAGAGGUGCGGAUGGGUGACGUUACAGAGGCGCGGGUCACUGUGGGUGUAGGUCUGAAGCUAAGCUCGGGGUCAGGCCACAGAAAGAGGGAGUGAUUGAGAAAGGUGCUGUCACAGACCACAGCAGUAAAAAGUGAGCAGGGAAAUCAACCCCCACCCACACACCACGGUCAGACUUAAGCUGCAGUUUCCUAAUAUUAAACCCUGGUUCAUUUUAUACUCAGGAAGUGAAGAGCUCGUGAAUGUCUCGUGAGCGGCUGCCUUCUGACACCCGUGGUCUCGGCUGAACCUUCAGCUGGGCCAAGUCAUCCGAGGGAGUUGGCGGAGGCUUCCGUUGACUACUCGUGGUUAUUUGAAAGGCUUUUUUCAAUUCCCCAGCUAAGUGUAUUCAGGGAGAAAAUAUCUAUGUAUAUCAAAUUGUGAGAGGCAUAGAUAGGGUAGAAGGCCAAAAUCUUUUUCCCAGGGAGGAAAUGUCAAAUACUAAAGGACGUAGCUUUCAAGAAGAGAGCGGAAAGUUUAAAAGGAGAUUUUUUUACACAGAGAGCAUUAGGUGCCUGGAACGCUCUGGCAGGGGAAAUGGUGGAAGCAGACACAAUAGCAAUGCUUAGAAUGUAGAACAACACAGUGCAGGAACAGGCCCUUCGGCCCACGAUGUCUGCACUGUACACAAUGCCAAAUUACACUUAAUCUCUUCUGCCUGCACAUGAUGGCGUAGGUGUACAAGAUGACAAGAGGCAUAGAUCGAGUGGACAGUCAGAGAUUUUUUCCCAGGACGACAAUGGCUAACACGAGGGGACAUAAUUUUAAGGUGAUUGGAGGAAGGUAUAAGGGGGAUGUCAGGGGUAAGUUUUUUACACAGAGAGUGGUGGGUGCGUGGAACACACUGCCAGCAGAGGUUGUGGGGGGCAGAUACAUUAGGGACAUUUAAGAGACUCUUAGAUAGACACAUGAAUGAUAGAAAAAUAGGGGGCUAUGUGGGAGGGAAGGGUUAGAUAGAGCAGGAUAAAAUGUCGGCACAACAUUGUGGGCCGAAGGGCCUGUACAGUGCUGUAGUGUUCUGUGUUAUAUGUUCUAUAUGAUCCAUAUCCCUCCAUUCCCUGUGUCGAACAGCCUCUUAAGCGCCACUAUUGUAUCACUUCUCCAGGCAAGUGAUUCAGGGAGAAUUGAACCCCAAAAUAUCGAAAAAGGUACAGUAUACAAAAUUACGAGAAGUACAGAUAGGGUAGAUAAUCAGAGUCUUUCUCUCAGGGUGGAAAUGUCAAGUACUAGAGGGCAUAGCUUUAAGGCGAGAAGGGUAAAGUUCAGAGGAGAUUUACGCGGUAAGUGUUUUACGCAGAGAGUGGUGGGUGCCUGGAGUGAUCUGCCAGGGGAGGUAGUAGAAGCAGAUACAAUAGCAACGUUUAAGAGACAUUUAGACAGGCACACGAACAGGCAGGGAGUGGAGGGAUUGGGAUCGUGUGCAGGCAAAUGGGAUUAGUUUAAUUUGGAAUCAUGGUCGGCACAGACAUCGUGGGCUGAAGAUUCAAUGUUCCUCAUCUGCUGAAAGUGUUGAAUGAUGUAAAGUUGAAUUAUGAAACAACAAAGAUGAUUUGUUGCACAAUUCCUGGGACAGGCAUGAAGAAAAAAUCCAGGUCCUCGGCACUGGCUGUAAGGAUCACUGAACCUUGACAGCACUAAAGUCUGGCUGCGGCCUGUUUAUCGGGAAUCUCUCUCACAGCCACGUGGUACCUCAGUUACUGCUUGAAAUAAUUCAAAAAUAAAUCUUCAAGGGAUAAUUACUUUAGGAAUGGCAGAGUCUACAUUUCUUUUGGAUAUUUAACAUCUGCACUGGGAGGCCUUUUAGUUGCUAGGCCUCACCAGCAAAUGGAUUCAGGGUCUUGUCCCGAACGUUAGCCUACAGUAUUUACAACCGUGAGCCUCAGACGUUGGAUGUCUCUGAGGUGCUCGAGGCCACAGACUUCAGUGUGGCUCGUGUGCAGUAGCAACAUCUGGCCACAUCACACAGGUGAUGUGUGAUGUUGGUCUGUGCAGUGGCAACAUCUGGCAAGUUUUGCAGCGGCAACAUCUGUUGGAUCUGCACAGCAACAACAUCUGGCAAGUAUGGCAGUGGCAACAUCUGUCGGGUCUGCACAGCGGCAAGAUCUGGCAAGUCGCAGUGGAAACACCUAUCGGGUCUGUGCAGCUGCAACAUCUGGCACAUCUGUGCAGGGGCAACAUCUGGCCAGCUGACACGGGUGAAACUUGUGGCAGGCCCAGGAAACUGUAAGAUUUUGCCGGUCUACGCAGCUGUAGCAAAGGGGAUGCAGGUGUAGUAGCAACAUCUGGCAGGCCCAGCAGCUGCAACAUCUGGUCAGCCUUUGCAGCUGUGUUGGAAUUCAGGCCUGCCCUCUCCUGGAACCCCAGGAACUCUGACAACUUCCAGAUGUUAAGCAGACAUCUGGGGUGAGGAUUGGCUCUGCAGAGCUCUGGGUGUGUAUAAAAGUGUAAUCCAUUUCGAUCUGUAUUCUCCCUAAGAUA